UGGUGGAGUGGUCUGGUGGACAUGGCGGUGUGGAGGAGAGGUACAUUCCGCCUGCCCCCAUUUAAUGUACUAGAUCAUCACAACAGAUCAAAGUCGUGGAAGUCAUUAGUCAACGAUGCGCAAGUCAAGCUCAAACGUCAGAUGAUAGAAAGUUACGUUCGAUGGUUGUUGGUUUGGGUAAUCUCUCCCAUCCUGAAACCCGCUAUAGUGUCGGAAUGCUUGUAGUUGACACCCUUGCCAAGUAUCUGGGAACUUAUGGGCAUUUCAACAGGCAAUCUUUGGGUUACGUAGCAGUGACAAAAGUUGGUCACCAAGAACUUAUACUAUUGAAACCCUCUGUUGCUUUGAACUUGAAUGGAAGGAGCAUUUCAAAAUCACAAUGUAUAAAGUGAACCCAUCUGAUGUUAUUCUUGUUCAUGAUGACCUUGACAGACCUUUAGGGAAGUACAGUUUUAAACAUGGAGGAAGUGCUGGGGGUCACAACAGAGUAAAAUCAGCAAUUGCAUCUCUUCACUCUGAUAGCCUGAGGAGAGUUCGUGUAGGGGUAGGAAGACCAAGCAAGAGAGAUAAUGUGACAGAAUAUGUCUUGAGCAAUUUUGAUCCGUCAGAGAUGCUUGUCAUGGAAAGAACAAUAGGACAAUGCUGUGAGGUUCUCAUGAAGGAGCUUCAGUUAUUAAGAUCUUAGGAAAGUGUCCACUUUAGUGGAGUGCCAAGGCAAUAGUUUUUAUAACAUAAUUCUGUAGUAUUUAUUUAGUUGCCUCCUAAAAUUCAAUCAUUAUUAAUAGCAUCUUUGACAAAGUUUAUUUCAGCCUUGAAAUUUCAACAUAAAUUUACACUCUCAUUUUCUUAUUUACCUCAAAUAUGUCCUGUUUAACCAUUACCAUCUCAUGACUUUGCCAAGUUUACAUGCCUCUCAAGAAAAUGAAAAAAAAAGGUACUUAAUUUGAUAGUAGCCACCCGUAUUAGCAGUUAUGAACAUGAAAUGUGCAUGAGUAAUUGCACUAUAACUUUGGUGUAUCAUGCCGAAAGUGUUCAUGGCCGUGCACAUUUACAUGCGCUUGAGAGAAGUAUCUGCACACUGCAUGUUUACCAAUAGACCCUCCCUUACGUUAAAAUUACAUUAAUAUACCAUUAAGUUGAUGUAACUUUACUGAUAGGCAAACCUGUGUUAAGCGGUCAGCCACGGGAGAUGGGGCUUAAUAGAGGUUCCACAGAUUAGAAAUGUAAUAAUCAUAAACAUUAAUUUUAUGUAAUUUCUAAACUGUGCCUGUUCUGU